CUUAGAUGAGAACCACCGCCUAAGACCCGUCUAAGACACUAUGCAUUGAAGAUGCUCUUAUAAAUAAGAUACGAAGAUUAAAGUGGUGCAUAAAUUUAUCGAGCUUCAGUCUACACUAAUAAAUCGCAGCUGAGAAGAAAAUGUCACGCUUAUUCCGUUUCAGCCGUCAGGCUUUCGAUCUCAAAACCCUCCACCGCCGUCGCGCCGGAACGCUGCCGUUCCCCUCAUCCUUCUCCUCUUCCGCUACUGAAUCGCCCGCCGCCUCCGAACCGGAGCCGCCUCCUUACAUUCCGCCUCCCGUCGGCCUCGCGCGCACCAAGCAUGUCGGGCGCGCCUUGUUCGCGAUUCAGCCUCUCGCCGCCGGCGAGCUCCUCCAUAUCGCCACACCUGUUAUCCUGCACCCAUCCCUUUCCAUGAUCAACUGCGUCUGCUAUUACUGUCUCAGGCGACUCCCCAAACGGGAUGGUACUGCGGAAGCUCCUCACACGGUGUCGUUUUGCAGCCAACGAUGUGAACAAGAUUCGAAGAAGUUUUACGAUGUUGAGAAGCAGGUAGACUGGUCAAGAUUUCAUGAAUACUGCCGACAGCAGGGUCUAAAAUAUCCUCUUAUUGUCAAGAGGUUAGCCUGUCAAAUUGUUGCUGGUAAAAUCCCUGCUGGCAUUUUUGAAUUACUCCAAAGAGAGGAUUUGUCUGAUAAAACUCAUCUGAUAAAAGAGGAAUUUUCCCUGCUGAGAAGUACUCUGGAAGAUGCAGAUAUAAAGGUAGAGAAGACAAAGAACGAGACGGAUGAAGGGAAGGGCCCAAUUGUUGAUGGAGAGGCUGAGCCUGAGGAGCCGCUGUCAUUUCUGACUGAAGAAUGGUAUACUGAUGUUUUGGGGCGAAUACGGAUCAAUGCUUUUCGUGUUGAACUGCCUGUACAGUCACAUGAAGACCUCCUUUCUUCGGCAGCAGCAUCAGUAGAAGGGGAAGCUGCUGUUGGAAAUGCCAUGUAUAUGCUUCCAUCCUUUUACAAUCAUUCUUGUGAACCUAAUGUAAAUAUUGUAUGGAGCGACAGUGCAGAAGGAAAGAUCAUGGCUCUCCGUGACAUCGAAGAAGGGGAAGAGAUGCGGAUAUGCUACCUUGACGCCAGUAUGGGCUAUGAGGCUCGGCAAAAAAUCCUCCAAGAAGGAUAUGGUUUCGUAUGUGACUGCCCCAGAUGUGUUGCAAAGGAGUAAAGUUGCACUAAGUAGCAGGGAAAGGGAAAUUUGCCAUGUUCGAGACGUUAAUCUAUUAGUUGGCGAGCUUUGUAUCUGUUUUGGUGACAAUAUGAAAAAGCGAUAGGCAAGUUUUUCUCGUUGGUAAAACUUAAGGAACCAAAUGUUGCGAUGCAGCACUUUUAUUAGAUAAUCAAUUCAUGAGCUUAGAUUGGCACUAGAAGCAGCCACUUCUGCAUUGCUGUGAUUUUAGAUCGGUUCUUACCUAAAUAAUGCUCAUUUUGGAUAUUAUUCUUUUUAAUAUAUGUUUGUAAAGUUAUAAAUUAAUCGGAGAAGGGGAGGCUGUGGUGUUUAAAACCAUUAA